UGGACAUCGGCCUCACAUCACACACACACACACACUACUGCUGCUGCUGCUUCCGUCGUCAGCAGCACGGGAGUCAAGCCUGCUUUGAAAAAUGUCCCCGAUUGGUUUAAACUGACAACACUGGGCACAUGCUGGCAAGUAUUAACAGCAACAAUACUAGCAGCCUCCCUUGCAUUGACAGCACUAGAAGCAGCUUUUUUUGGGGGGGGGGGGUCCCCUGUGUAGCGAUCACCGGCUGCACGCUGAGAGAGGUCCACUGCCAACCAGCAGCCUUUCAUAUACUGCUUCCCAAGGACAGCGGCUCCGAGAUGGGCUGCUCCUCAGGCCGCCAGCCCCCUGCCCCGGUCUUUCACCCAGACUUAGGCUGCGGCAACGGUAGCGAGGCCAACACCUUACCACAGGACUCUGAGAACCAGAACCAGGAUUUGAAUGGCUGCGCAGAAAGAGAGGAAGAGGAAGGCAGCGUUGACAGAGGCACGGUGAAACCUCCAGAGUCCCUCCCGACGCUCGAGAGACUCGCCCAGGCUACAGGUGGAACGGAAAAGUCCUGGUACCGCUGCGUGUUCCCGUUUGGCGUGAUUUCAUUGGUGAUCGGCAUGGCUGGCACCGGGGUCACUUUCACCUUCAACACGCUGCUCCAGACCAAAGUUGUGUCCGUGGCACUGCUGUGCGCGGGUGUUGUGAUGCUCCUUGUUGCAGCUGUUUGCUGGAGGGCCCACAGACUGAGAAGGAGGAAAAAGAAGGAAGGGGGAUUCUUCAGUACUGAUCAGGGUAUUUUGUGAUGGAGCGAAACCUCACUACCAGAUAAUAGUAAGUCGGGAGCAAUUGAAGUUCAACUGAAUACAAAACAUAUGUAGGAACAUCCACACUUUUCUUCUAUGCAUCAUGACAAGGUGAUAAGGCAGGUAGAAGAGCUGAGUAAUAUACAUGAGAUUAAGGCAGGUAAAACUUUUGACACUGCUGACUAAACAAGUAGAAAAUACAAAUGUAGCAUUGUUCCAUUGUUACCCUGAGCGCGCCUCGCUCAGAACUUCCUUUUUUCUCUCAUUUUCUUUCCCAUUAUGGAUUUCUUGGGGCUCGAGUGGAGCACAGAGCCUGGAGCACACUUUCUAUAAUUUCUUCCAGAUUGGCCUCUGGUGUCACAUAAGAGUGACAGAGUGAUAGGUGCCUGAGGAAUAUUAUUUAACACCUCCCCUGCAGUUCGACAGGGCACGGUGCCCCUCAAGAGGUGUGCCUGACAGAAGGUGAUGUCUAUAAACAGAUGCCUGUGAAGAACAUCUGAAUAAACUUGGAAUAUGAGGAACUGUCUGGAAGGAAUUGUAAGUCUUUCAUGUUUGCUCGUCCAAACUUUGCAAUUGGUUGACAGAACAGUUUCCUCACCAAUGUCAGGACCUCACGCCCCUGCCUGAUUUAAAAUCUGGCAUGGCUAAAAGAAAUAAAUUAAACAUUAUCUUCCCUCCUUUAGACUUGAACCUCCUAGUCUUUGACUGCUCCAGAGCGUCGUUAGAGGAAAGUGCCUCACGCAGUCGAGGGUUGUGUAUGAAAGGAAAGCAGGGACCCAAACAAAAUCAUGUGAAUGGAGCAAGCAUGUAAACCACAUUUUCCCCAGGGUGAAAAACUCUUCACAUGCAGUUGCCUGCAAUUUUUGUGGAAUAAAGGUCAACUAAUUUCCUUCCUGCCACCAAGCUUUGCGGUGGAAAAAAACACAAUCCA